GCACCCCUUUCCAAUUCAUUCAUCUCGAAUUCUAGUUUGUGGCGCCCAGCAUAUAUAAGCGUAACAAGAGAGAAUCCCUUAGAAACAGUUGCACUCUGGCGCCAAUGGUCAGCCAAAUACAGCGGCCAAUGUUUGUACCGAACCAUACUGAAAUAAGAAAGUUCUUGAAAGUGUCAGCCGACUCUAAAAACCUCACAAUCGGAAAAACUAUUCAUGCCCAUUUGAUUGUAUCCAAUCAAGAUUCACGAGAUAACGUAAUCGAGAGAAAUUCUUUGAUCAAUCUGUACUCGAAGUGUGGUGAAAUUACAAUUGCUCGCCAAUUGUUUGAUAGAAUGCGCAAAAGGAAUGUUGUUUCGUGGGGAAGUUUAAUGGCUGGGUACUUGCAUCAUGGUUUGGCCUCUGAAAUUAUUGGGUUGUGCAGGAAUAUGGUAAAAGUAGACAAGUUAUGCCUGAAUAAGUACAUAUUAGCGACGGUUAUUUCGUGCUGUUCUCAUUAUUUGUUGCUAGAUGAGGCCAACAGUGUCAUGGACCAUGGUUAUGCUUUGAAGUCUGGAUUGAUUUUUCAUCAGUAUGUAAAUAAUGCACUUGUGCCCAUGUAUUCAAUGUGGUCGAAUUUGAAAGGAGCUAUGCAGGUUUUGUAUUGGGCCCCUAGAUCAGAUUUGUGUACCUAUAAUUCUAUUUUAAAUGUGCUGUUAGAUCAUGGAUAUAUGAGGAAAGCAUUUGAGUUUUUGUGCAGAUUGGCCGCAGAAUACGAGCGUUUGGAGUGGGAUAGUAUUACUUAUGUUAAUAUUUUUGGGCUUUGCUCUCGCCUUGGUGAUUUGACUCUGGGCCAACAAAUUCACAGCACAAUGCUCAAAACUGGUGUUGAGCUUGAUCUGUUUGUUGGUAGCUCGGUCAUAGACAUGUAUGGAAAAUGUGGAGAAAUUUCGUCCAUGAGAAAUUUUUUUAAAGGCUUGCAAACUAAAAAUGUGGGCACGUGGACAGCAAUAUUGGCUGCUUAUUUACAGAACGAGUGCUUUGAAGAAGUAUUGAAACUAUUUCUGGAAAUGGAACUCGAGCAUAUUUUGCCAAAUGAGUACACAUUUGCAGUGUUUUUGCACUCGUGCGCUGGUUUGUCAGCACUUGGUUUUGGUAAUUCACUACAUGCAAGCAUCAUGAAGAUGGGGAUGAAGAAUCACAGUAUUGUGAGUAAUAUUUUGAUCCAUAUGUAUUCAAGGUGUGGCCUGAUUGAAGAUGCUUGUAUCGUCUUCACAAAUAUGACUUGUCGAGAUGUUAUAUCUUGGAAUUCUAUGAUAACUGGUUAUUCUCAUCACGGGCUUGGUAGUGAAACCUUGGCUGUGUUUCACGAGAUGCUAGCAGCGAAAGAGCAACCAAACUAUGUAACUUUUGUUGGGGCACUCUCUGCCUGUGCCUUGUUGGGAAGAGUAAAUGAAGGUUUCUACUAUCUGAACCAUAUGAUGAGAGAGCUUGGCAUUGAACAGGGGUUGGAGCAUUACACCUGUAUUGUUGGACUUCUGGAUAGAGCAGGGAGGCUUGAUGAUGCUGAGAAUUUCAUGCGAUCAACUCCAAUAAAAUGGGACAUUGUUGCCUGGAGGACUUUGCUCAAUGCUUGUUAUGUGCAUCAUAAUUAUCAUUUAGGAAAUCGAGUUGCAGAAACUGUGUUGCAUCUGAACCCUGAAGAUGUGGGAACUUGUAUCCUGUUGUCAAAUAUGCAUGCCAGGGCAAAGAGGUGGGAUGGAGUUGUGGCAAUGCGGAAGUUAAUGAGAGAAAGGAACAUAAAGAAAGAGCCUAGAUUGAGCUGGACAGAAAUAAGAAAUGACACACAUGUAUUUGUUUCUGAUGACAACGAACAUCCAGAGGCUGUUCUUAUUCGUGAAAAAGUAAAGGAGCUUUUGCCUGAAAUUAAACCACUGGGUUAUGUCCCAGCUAUAGCUUGUGAAUUGCGUGAUGUGGAAGAGGAACAGAAAGAAUAUUACCUCGGUUAUCACAGUGAGAAGUUGGCUAUAGCAUAUGCACUUUUGAAGACACCCCCAGGGGCACCUAUUCGCAUCAUUAAAAACCUAAGGAUGUGUGAUGAUUGCCAUUCUCCCGUUAAAUUUAUCUCAAAGGUCACAAACAGAUUGAUAAUUGCAAGAGAUGUCAGCCGUUUUCAUAGUUUCAGGGAGGGAUGCUGUUCCUGUGCAGACUACUGGUGAGAUAUAGGCUCAGCUUGGGGAAAAAUAUUUCAUGAUAUUUCAGGGAUGCCACUUAAACCAUCCAGCUCCCAGUGGAGGGGAUUGCAUAUAGCUAAUCUAGGCUUUUUUUUUUCCCCUCGAUGUUUUUGAACUGUGGACGGAGGUAACUGACAAGUGGUUGAAUUGGUUGGGUAUAGUGCUCGAAGUAUUUGAGGAGGAGAAUUCCAAGAUUGAACUUAUGGCUUGGACAUAAAACGCAAUCAGUACAAGUACAAGGCAUUACUUUGGAUGUUGAUUCAGUUUGUAAAAAUAUUAUAUACCUUUUUUGGACGUCAAGUUUGCAUUGUAUGCUCUCUUGAAGGAAGCAAUGGUUUCUACUUGAAAGUGACUACAACUUAACAGUACCUUUCAUUGGCUGACGGUUUAUGGACGAGGCUUGGUAAUUGUAAAGGACCUCUCAGCUCUCUCUACACAGCAUUUGCUGCAUAAUUUUCUCGGAUCAGUUGGCAGAAUUGAAAUCAACAAUCAUAUUAGAAUGUCAUCCAUAGACAUCCAGUGUUCAAUCUUUAUAUUCCUGAAGACGAGCCAAGGUGAGCAUAUCAGGAGAGUUUAAAGCAUCAAUUGAUGGGGUGUCACACGGUAUCGUCCUGUCUACUGGAUAGUUAAGAUGUUUGUGUACAAGUUCAGCACCAGUUACUUUGCCAGAAUGUGUAGUCUCUUUACUAUGACAAUGACAAUGGUUAUAUUCAGCAUUUAAUCGUUCUCUGGUCAGUAAGGAUCAGAUUUAAUGAAGUUGCAGCUACAGGUUAGUAUUUUGAUGAAAUAUCUUCUUCAAAUAUUGAUAAAUGAUGAAUAUGACAGUUGGAUGAAUUCGAUAACAUUUAUGAGAGGAACAAAGAGGAGGAAAGCCAUUAGUUAUAGUAACUUUGAUAAAAUCAUGGUAAUAUAUGUUAUACGUACUGGAUUAAGUGGAAAUCCAUAAUGAUAAGUGUAGUUUUUAUACUUA